UCCCCUGACAGUUAUUUUUCAGAUUUGGAAAUCCAGCCUCAGGUGUGCAUUAGAGCAGGCAUUAGAGAGAAGCCUGCACCUGUGGUCGCAAAUCUCCCGAUGACGAAACUCAUUUUAGAAGGACUGUAUAAAAGAGACCAAGAACAACACACUUCAUCUCGAGGAAAGACAGAAGUUUUAGCAUGGAGUGGAACGGAAGGUUGCUGGUCCAGUUGUUAAUGCUAGUGUGUGUGUUGGAGGUUAGUUUUUGCCAGCACUGGUCAUAUGGUUGGCUUCCUGGUGGAAAGAGAAGUGUUGGUGAAGUGGAGGCAACAUUCAGGAUGAUGGAUGGUGGUGAUGCAGUGCUGUCUAUUCCUGCAGACUCUCCAAUGGAGCGGCUUUCGCCGAUACACAUAGUAAAUGAGGUGGACGCUGAAGGUUUGCCUCUGAAAGAACAGAGAUUUCCCAACAGACGAGGACGAGUGUAAAAACAUAAAAGAUGAAGAUAAACCCUUGGAGCCAAGUUUUAUUCCAUGGGAACAACAUGUUUUAUUGAGUCCUGGUGAAAUAUCCUCCUCAUAUGGUUUUAUUAAACAUUGGAGGUGCAUGUAUACUGUAAAUACCUAUGCCGUUUGUUCAAAAUGAAUAUUAAAUGUGCU